GGUCUGUGCAGAACGAACUUUCUACGCCCAUCGCAUUGUCCUGGCGGCAGAGAGCGAGGUCUUCAAGAGCGGCCUCGCCACCGUGACCAAGGAGGCCAACGACGGCAGGCAAGAGAUCCGAUUGGCUGAGAUCUCCAACCCAGAGGCUGUGAAGUUCAUGUUGGACUACAUGUAUCAGACGGAUGCAGCCGAGUGGGCAGAUUACAAUCCGCGGACGCAGGAGAUCAACAAGGACGUGCUUCGACUAGCACAGGCCUUUCGCUUGCCAGGCUUGACUGAACGCGCCAUGCAUUGGCUUGCCAAAGAUUUGAGCACCGGCAACGUCGUCGAGGUGCUGACAAUUUGCGAGGAUUUUGGGCUCAAUCAAUUGGGCGAUCGAAUUCUAGAGCAGCUUACAACGAACAAGAAAGCUCUCGCAGAGGUGGCCAACAGCCCUCAGAUCAUGAAGUAUCCAAAGCUCAUGCAGGCACUUUUACAGCAAGCAGCGGCUGUUCCAGACGAACCUCAGCCCAAGAAGAGGGCCAAACGCUGAAGCACCUGAAGCACUGACGACAGCCCGAAGCUGUGAUGAUGUUGACCAGGUGAGGCCAGCAAAAGAGGCUGCUUUGCUUAGUGGCCCUUUGGGGGUUAGAUGUCAAUAUGCAAAGCGCUCGGGUUGCCUGAUCACGUGGCAGAUGAAACGGACCAAAGGUAUCAGUCUUAUAGUGCUGCAGCCAAGAAACUCAGUUUUCAACUUUGGUGUUUGAAAUGAUUCUUCUGCUUGUUUCACCAGCUGCCACAUUGAUCAGCUCUUGUACUCUUACCUCGUGAGCAGUGCGCAUAGGGGUGCCACAGAUGUUGCUCGCAAGAGGAAAAAUGCAUUUGCAUCUAAAGAAGAAAGAACAAAAAAGAAACAAAAAAACACAAAAGAAGGGAAGAAAGGAACAAAGAAAGCAAGACAGAAGGCAAACAUAGAAGAUCCAAGGGCCUCAAAGAACAAAGACCAAUACUGUAAGAACAAUAAAAGGAAAGAAGAACAAACAAAAAUGCGACUAGAUGCGGCAAGACCCUCGUUCCUAGAUGUUUAGUUUCCAUUUCUCUUCCUUAUUUAGGCCAAACUCCUUGAUCUACUUCAAGAUUCUCCAGAGAGGUACUACUAGGAGCAAAGGACGCUACUAGGAACACACACAUUAAGUGGAGGCAGAUGAGGCAAGUAAAAGGUCGACCAUAUUCCUUUGGCUCGAAAGCUUGAGGCUCUUCGAUGCGGCACAUAUGCA